AUUUUGGCUCAAGGCCGCUUUCGCGCAAGCCACCCUCGCCCAAGCAGCAGCCGUCAACCCUCGCCGCCCCAGCGCGUCACCAUGCCGCCGAACGCCCGGGAAGCGCCGACGCCCGCCUCCAGCGCCAUGCGCUCGGCCGGGUCGGUGGAGCUGGUGCGGGGGGAGGCCCCGAGCCUCCCCGAGCCGCUGCUGGAGAGCCCUCAGGCGUGGCCGCUGUCCCACACUGUGCGGGCGCAGUCGGCACAGCCCAGCAGCGCCUUCGACGACCUGCUCGGGCAGCUGGCCGGGCUUCACAGGAGGGAGGUGCAGGCCAUGCGGUUCCAGCUCCGGGAGAGCGACGCACUGAUCCAGCAGCUGCGGGCCCUCUGCGGGGAGGAGGCGGCCUCGCCGCUCCCGCACUGCGCCGCCCAUGGGGGGGCUCCCGUGGCGGGCCCCGGCGGCGGCGGGCUGCUCGGGGCAGGCUCGCCGCCGAGCCGCUCAGAUGAGAGCGGCUGCCCCUCGCUCCUCUACCAGGAGUCCGCGCCUAGUCUGCUCAAGGCCGGCGCUGCUCCCAGCGACGGGUCCACGUCGCCGCGGGGGACGGCGCCGCAGGACGCAGGUCCCCGAGCCUCGUCGGCCUCCGAGGAAAGCAUGCAGCUCAGCGAGGCGCCCAGCGGGAAGUGGACGUUCGCGAUGAUGGACGCUUGGAAGGACCUGGGCGACGAGGGGGAGGAGGCGCUUGCGGCCAGGGCGAGCGGCAGGGCUGGUAGCAUGGACCUCGCCUCGCGCAUGCGCAUGUUCCGCAGCGUCACCAAAUCGGGCGUCGAGAGCUCCCUAGUCGGCUCGUUCUGGGAGGCGACAACGCGCGGCGACCGCAUAAGGUGCACUUGGCGGUCCUUUAUUCCGGCCUCCCCAGGGAGCCCAGCGAGACUGCUCUGGGAUUUUCUCGGGGCGGUCUUGAUCUUCUACGACCUGUUCAAACUCCCGAUGGAGACGUUCAGUCCCCCCGAGACUGCAUUGAGCAAAGGCAUGGACUGGUUAAUCCUGUGUUUCUGGACCCUGAACGUCUUCGCUUCGUUAACAGUCGGCUAUGUUGAGCACGGCGUGGUCGUGCUGUCGAUGCGCAAGAUCGUUCUUCGAUACGUGAGAACUUGGUUAGCAGUUGACUUGCUGGUGCUGGUGCCCGACUGGGCCUUCACGAUAGUUGAUGUGGCGGCCGCUGGCAGUACUGCUGGUGACGAUGGUGACAUAUUCAGGCUGCUGAGAGUGUUGCGCCUCAUUCGGAUGGUGCGGCUGCUAAGGUUGCUCAAGCUCCGGAGAAUAUUCGACACGAUCAAUGACAUGAUAGAUUCUGAGUAUGUCAGCGUCAUUGCGAACAUCGUGAAGAUGAUACUGAUGUUGCUGGUGAUCAAUCAUUUGAUUUGCUGCAUGUGGUACACUGUGUCCGUCAAUCAGUCAGGCGAUAAGACUUGGAUCAAAGUUCAUAAGUACGAGCAUGUCGACUGGACGUAUAAGUAUGCCACCGCUUUCCAUUGGUCAAUCACACAGUUCACCCCUGCAUCGAUGGACGUGCAGCCUCAGAACUUCGUGGAGCGCGUCUUCACGGUGGUGGUGGUGGUCUUCGCUUUGGUGGGCUUCUCCUACAUCGUCGGUAGCAUCACAGGCUCCUUGGGGCAGCUGCGCAGCAUGCAAGCGGAAGAGUCGACGCUCUUCUGGGACCUCAAGCGGUACCUGGCCAGGAACAAGGUGCCGCGGGCCCUGUCCGUGCGCAUCCAGAAGUACCUGGAGCACGCGUGGCAGUCGCAGAAGGGGAAGAAGACGGGGCAGAACGUCAAGCUUGUGGCUUUGCUCUCCGAGCAACUCCUGUCCGAGCUCAAGUUUGAGAUGGCCGUGCCGCAAAUGCGCAUCCACCCGCUGCUGGACAGUCUCAUCAAGAAGUCCACGGUCACCGUGCACCGGUUGGCCAACGUGGCCAUAGGACAUAAGCUCCUCGCUGCAGGUGACUACCUGUUCCAUCCUGGGGAGACUGCGACCCACAUGUACAUCGUGGUGGAGGGGAAGUUCAACUACGCUAGGCUGGACAGCAACGGGGGCAUGCACAAGGAGCUGGUGGAAAAGGCCGAGGAUUGGAUCGCCGAGCCAGCCCUCUGGACGCGGCGCUGGGUGCAUUGCGGUCUAUUGAAGGCCACCGAGGACAGCGAUAAUCUGACCAUCGACUGCAACAAGUUCGCGGAGCAAGUGAAACUCAACCCGCAGGCGCAUGAGUUUGUCUCGAGUUAUGCGCUGAACUUCCUCGAAUGGCUGAACAACCAGGACCCCGACGACCUCUCGGACAUUUCCCAGGGGGAGGACGUCAGCCGGCUGUUCGCCGGCUUCAUCCCGCACACCACCAACUUUUGGGGCAAGGCGGCUUCGGCGACGUUUUCCCGCGCCAACACCGCCAACUCGUCCUUCGGCCGCUCCAAGGAGGGCUCGGGGAAAGUGUCCCGCGCCAACACCGCCAACUCGCGCGAUUUCGCCCGCCCCAGGGCGGACAGGUCGCUGUCGCGCUCGUCUGGCGCGUGGGCGACGGAGGACUGCGGCCUGACCUCGCUGCCCUGACGCCGCCGCUCCUCUCCCGUCGGCGGGCUGGGUUCUCCGCUGCUGGGCAAGGGAGUGCGCCAGCCCGUGACGGUGUUAAUCAAAGCGUUUUUGUGUUCUAAUUGGGGGUUUAGGGGUCCUGCAUCCUCUCCCUGCACUCUUGUCUUGGUGGUUGACUGCAUCAUUACGCUUGCCGGUGCGCUGCUCCAGGCUCUUGCGCCUGCGUCUCGCUCGGAGGCCCUUCUUCGCGCCCGACUUCUCUGGGCAGCGGGUAGUUUCUUUUUUUGCGCAUAUGCCGGGGUGUUGCACGACUGGCCACCCGCGCUCGACAGGUUGGCCGCCCCGGCCCGAACCAUAAGCUCACGGAGUCUCCAGCCUGCAGAAGGGGGCCACGCAAUCGGCCCAUUUGACUGUUCCCCUGGACCUGGUUCACAACAUUGGAGGCCACGGCAGGCCAGAGGAGGCCGCGCGGGCUGCACAAAGGGGGAGACGGCAUCGGGAGGCCACGGCGGGCGGCGUCUCCCCCGCCGAUAUUUGCCGGAUCCAACGCUUUGUAGUUGCCCGACUUUUGCUCCCAUCUCGUCGGGUGUCUCUCGGGUUCGAUGGCAUGAUGAGUAGUGAUAGUUUGAUUCGACUUGCUUUCUCUGUGCGUUGUGGACGAGCCGACCAUGUAGUGUCGAGCCGUUGAUUGGUACAGUGUUGCAGGCCGUUCGCAGUAUGACUGUUCACUUCAUGUGAAUGUUGGAGUCUCUACAACACUGAUUUUUAGACUGCUCGCUCUUAUCUGCUCGCGUGCCAUCCAGCACAUAAAAUGUUCUGAGAGCAUCUCGUGGAAACGACAAAAGGAUCUUAGAACAUCGCUUAGUAGGUCCUCAGGCACGCCAGGACGCCUCGUCACUGCACCUUUUUUUGUGUCACGACAGCCUGGCGGCGCGGCCGCGGCAGCAAGCCCGCGGCGCGCCCGCCACGCCCGAGGCGCGGGGGGCCCCGCCGGUCAUCCUGGACCGGCCGCGGAUCAUUCUGGGGUCCGCGGGCGGAGUGGUGGAGUUGGCAACUUCAAGUCUGGCAGGGUGAGUUGUAGAUUGCAGCACGUUGAGUGCGGCACUCAGAUUGCGUUGCAUACUUGACAUGAAGCACUGUUGGGUGCCCGCGCUGGUGAAGAUUGAAAAGCGAAAA